AUGAUAGGAAUCACUGAUUCAGAUGAGCAAGAAGAUCAUAAACAAAAUAUUUGUGUAGAUGUGGAUGAAGCUAUUUAUCUACUGACAAUGCGACAUCCUGUAUUUUAUGAUGAUGAAGCAUUAAAGUGGAAAUGUUUGAUCCCAGCAAAAUCAAGUAUUGACACUAUGUUUGGCAAGGUUGUUUACUUGGCACUUCGUAGCUAUGAUGGUGUCUUAAUUUGUUCUCAUCCAUUUGGCACGGCAUACUUAGUUGGUUUGAAUAUUGUUCAAACGCGAAAGGGUAGUUUUCUGGAUUCAAAAGUUAAGUCUUGGGAAGAACAAUCACUCGAGUUGAUUCGACGAUUGGAUCUUCGAGGUAGCUUAACGGAUCCGAUGAUAAUGACACAUUUAAGUCGAGGGAUUGGAAUGGAUCGCUUUAUUACGACUCUAUCAUUGAACGGAAAUCAUCUCACUGAUGCUGAAAUUAUUCCUUUCGCUUACGAACUUGGACAUAAUAGAUGUUUGCUAGAACUCACGCUUAGUUAUAAUGCUAUUGGAGAGAUUGGAUCAGCUUCGUUAGCCAAAGCACUAGCAACGAAUUCGAGUCUUCAAUUACUUGAUUUGACGCACAAUCGAAUAAGUAAAGAUGGCAUUAUACCAUGGCUUGGAGAUACAAUGCGUGUCAAUCGUUCUCUUCUUGUACUCAAGCUAAGUCAUAAUGGAAUCGGAGAUAAAAAAGCUGUCGAGCUUUUCCAAGCACUGUCACCAAAACCUCUAACAGAAGAAGAAAGACUGAAAGUACAACUUGCAAAGCGUCUGAAAUAUGCACUGACGAAUACUCGCUCCGUAGAAUCAUACGGCGAAAAAGAUCGUUUCAACUCGACACUUCAAACACUUCUGCUCAGCAAUACGGGCUUAUCAGACGAAGUCUCAGCUCCUUUGGCUCAUCUACUGCGUUAUACGUGUUCUUUGACGCACUUGGAUAUUUCUUGCAAUGAGUUUACAAGUCAAGGAAACGUUAACAUUGCUCGCGGCUUGCAACAAAAUACAUCGAUACGAUAUCUAAAUUAUCGUGAAAACAAACUGGAUGAAGUGGCUGCCUUGGCAGUACUGGGGGCAUUAAAGUCUCAUUCAGUUUUAGAAACUGCAUUGUUUCAAGAUUGUUUUGGCGCUGAUACGACAGUGGGAAGUGCAUUGGCUGAGCUGAUUGCAAACACACAGUCUCUUACUACACUUGACUUGAGUUAUUGUUCUUUGAAACCUAUUGAAGCUGUUAAACUCCAUACAGCUUUAGCUGACAGCACAAGCCUUCGCAGUAUCGAUUUAACAUGCUCAGGAAUCAAUUCGGAUAACGCCGCAGCGACUUUGGCGACGUCAUUACAACAAAAUACAACAUUGACAUUUGUCGAUUUAAGUUACAACAAAAUCACCUUGCGGGGUUGCAAGCUGCUUCGAGAUGUUAUUGCUCAUCGAAGCAAUACAUCAUCACAUUUGGUAUUGUCUCUAGAAGGCAACACGGGCGAAAAAUGUCCCAUCGCCUCGCUACGUGUGGCGUGUAAACCAUUACUUUCCCGUUUCUCGCUAUUCGUUUGCGCUGUGAAAGUUACAAGUCUUAAUAUCAAAUCAGCAAUCUAA